AUGACUGCUGUGGAUCAUACAGUUAGUUUGUUGAUGAGCUUCAAUAGCUUUUGUGUACUUCAACAAACUAAUGAAUUCUCGGACAGCUACUCAAGGGGGAUUCUCAAAGGUCUUCUUAAAACAAGAAUGAUGACAAGGGCUAUUGAGCAGAUGGAACAAUUGACAAUCGAUGAAUUGCAUUAUUUUUCAAGUAGAUUUAGAAUAAGGCGUAGAAAUCUAAGUGUAAGUAUAAGACGUUUGGAUAAUUGGAAUUCCCUGGGAUUCGCAAAAAAAUUACCACUAUAG